UUGAAUACAAGCGUGCGGCGAUAUUUUAAUAUAUAAUAAUAAUAUGUAUAAUAUGUACUUGUAUUUAAUUUAAUUGUUUAAGAUUGUGAGAAACGAAAUACCUAUAGCAUUGAUUUUACUGAUUAUUAUACCCAGUUAUUUGGUAGAACAGUGUAUAUCCCUUUUAAUAUUUUCUCGGUCCAUUUUUUUAUACUGCCAAUAAUUAAACGAAGGGUUGCUGUGGAUGUACCUAUUGUUACUACUAAACUUUACUACUACAACUAUAAACUAUAAAUACAACACAGUAUACUUAUGUUUUAAUAAACUGACGAUACAGUAUAAUAGUGUUGAGAAAAAUAUUGGUUCUGGAAAUCAAACUAACUGCCUUAUCACCUUAUCACAACAAGCAUGGCAAGUAACGAAACUUUGGAGGCAUUUGAAAAAAGUCUCAUUAGUAAAUUCGAGUGCCCGGUUUGCUUUAAAUUCAUGCAGCCUCCAAUAAGACUAUGUAUCUCUGGACAUAUCUUCUGCACUCAUUGCUUUGAAAACAUUGAGAGCUGUGCGUUAUGUAGAGCUGAGAAGAGCCCUUACCGAUGCAUCGUAUUGGAACAAAUACAUGCCUCCCUCUCAUUCCCAUGCAAAUAUGUUGAUGAAGGAUGCAUUUUCAGUGGAAAGAGUGACACACUGAUAACUCAUCAGGAAUAUUGUGAACUUUCUACAACUGAAUGUCCAUUGAGAUACAACAAUUGCACAUGGACAGGAUUCCGAUCUGGGAUGAUAGAACACUGCAGAACUGAUCAUUCAGAAAACAUAUUUUUCGAAAACGAACAAAAACUGAAAGUCGCGAAUUUCAACAUACUUGCAGACGUAGAGCGCAGCAUAUUAUUAUCCAUACACAACAAUCUUUUUCGUUGCUAUUGGGACUUGGAAGCAGUAAGCGGCUCAAUGAGGUUUGCAGUGUACUCUUUAGGAAAACCAUCGCUAGAGAAGACCAUUUACUUUAAAGUUGGAAUGUUUAUUAAAAAUACAAACGAAGAAGCCGUAUCUAUGAUCGGACCCUGUUACCUACUCAAGAACGAAAACACCAAAUUCAUCGGGAAAAAGUAUCUGUCCACCAAUUUUGAUAUGAUUAAAGAUCUUUGUGACACUAACGGUGAUUUUAACUACUCCAUAGGAAUUAUUGAACGAAGUGUUCCGCCACAAGAUAUUGAACCUGAGAGUAAUUCAUAGUAAUUAGUAGUUAUUUGUGUUAAGACAUUUUAUAUUUUAAAAGCUUAUUUUAUAGGUAAUAAUUAGUUAUUUUAAGUUUGUUUUAACAUAAUUUAAGACGUAACAGUAUUUUUUUAUAAUUUUCUUCGGACUCUUCAGUGAGUAUAUGUUUGUGAAUGAUCUGUUUUCUUUUAUUCAGCAGUAAUCAUUUAAUGUGUUAUUUAAUAUUUUGUUUGUACUGUCUAUGUAGCUAGGCAGUAAAUAAUAUUAACAUCAUACUUAAAACUCCUCAUCUUCAUCUUUCAUCCAUCGUUCCCAAUCCUGGGCUGUUUGUAUCUAUCUUAGUCGAGCAAUUCGUUUUAUGUGGACUGACCUUCUAAAGUGUGGUCCUUUCCUUUGCUGUUGUUAUUUCAUGGUUCUCUAUCGUAUAAAAAUUUUGUUCCAUCGUUAUUUGAUCCCGGACACUAUUUAUUUUCUAUUUAAGUUUUGCUGCUUGUGUUUUCUAUCACUUUUAUAAUUCAGCAUUAAUUUGCCGUUCCAUCGAUCAUUAUGAUUUUAUUAUCGUUUAUAAAUAUGUUAUCGUUGGUAAAUAUUAUGUCAAUAUUAUGCUCAGUUAACUUUGGGUUAUAUUAUAUGGGAAAGGGUAGUAAAGACAUUUAGGCUAGUCUGUGUGUUCUGAUGCCAUUGAAUUACCAUGUGUUUUGGAGUUUUCGCUUAACGCGAUGGUGGAAGGCACAUACUUGAGUCUUAGGAUCGGAUUUUAGCAAAUCCGUAGGUAGUAGGCACUGAUUUUCUUUAAGGAAAUUUCGAGUUUCUUAACUAAUUCUUCAAAACUUUUUCUUGAGUACAUAUUAUUGUAACGUCAGCAUAGAUAAAACGUUUGGUGCGUCGGUUGGUCGUUUGUAAUAUACAUUGAAAAGUUUUGGUGCUAAACCACUUCCCUGUGAGAGGCCGUGAUUUUGUACUCUCCACCUACUUACUUGGCGCUACAGGAUGACGCAAAAGGCCAAUGUUUUGCAUUAAAGAAAGUACGACCCUAACUAGAUAAUAAUCAUUGAGAGUCGUACAUUUUGUGUAGCAACGUGUUGUGUCUUACUGUGUCACAGGCUGCUGUUAGAUUUACGAAAACAGCCACUGUUAUAGCUUUUCUUAGAAGCACUCUUCAAUGUGUUCGGUUCGUGCGAGGACUUGGCCGGUGCAAUAUUUGCCGGGUCUGAAACCUACAGUCCCUGGCCAUAUUAUUAUGACCACCUAUGAAUUUUUAUAAAAAUCAACUAUUCCACUAGGUACAUUUUGCUUAAAAUAUGAUUUUUAAAUUUAAUUUUGUUAUGGAAUGUUAAUGUUAUACAUUAACUAUAAUAUAUUUAAUAAGCACCAAGAAAACAUUUAAAAAUAUUACAUAUUUCUAUAUUUUUUAAUAUUUUGUUGAGCUCCUGACCUUAAUCCAAUAGAAAAUGUUUUGGAGCUUUUAAAACGAGAAAUUUCCAAUGAAAAGGUCACCAACAAAAGUGUUUUGAUUGAAGAACUAAUAUAUCAUUGUAACCCCAAUGACAAAUUGAAGCAAAGUGAAUUUAACUGCAUUCAAAGUAUGCCAAGACGCAUACAAGCGGUAAUGAAAGUUAAAGGAGGCUCAACAAAAUGUUAAAAAAAUAUAAUAUGUGAUAUUUUCUCAUGUUUUAUUGCUAUUUAUUAUUAAACAACAAAUUGAAGCAAAGUGGAUUUAACUGCAUUCAGUGUGCCAACACGGUUACUAGCGGUAAUCAAAGUUAAAAGGGGGCUCAACAAAAUAUUAAAAAAAUACAAAUAUGUGAUAUUUUCAAAUGGUUUAUUGCAUAAAAUAUUUUUAAUAAUAAACAGCAAUAAACCAUUUGAAAAUAUCACAUAUUUCUAUUUUUUUAAUAUUUUGUUGAGCCCCCCUUUAACUUUGAUUACCGCUAGUAACCGUCUUGGCACACUUUGAAUGCAGUUAAAUCCACUUUGCUUCAAUUUGUCAUUGUGGUUUUAAUGGUAUAUUAGUUCUUCAAUCAAAACAAUUUCGUUGGUGACCUUUUCAUUGGAAAUUUCUCGUUUUAAAAGCUCCCAAAUAUUUUCAAGUGGAUUAAGGUCAGUAGUUCAACAAAAUAUUAAAAAAAUAUAAAUAUGUAAUAUUUUCAAAUGUUUUAUUGCUGUUUAUUAUUAAAUAUAUUAUAGUUAAUGUACAACAUUGACAUUACAUAACAAAAUUAAAUUUAAAAAUAAUUUUUAAACAAAAUAUAGGCUAGUGGAAUAGUUAAUUAUUUUAUAAGUGGUCAUAAUAAUAUGGAAAGGGACUGUAGGGACUUAUGGGAUGAAGUGCUUGUCGACAUUUUUUUCUAUUCUGGUCAGAAUGAGACUCUCGUAUAACUUGAAAUCAUACGAGAAAAAGUAUAAAGACUACUGAAAUAAAGACUACUCUCGAAUACGCUUGCACUUCCAGUAUAUCUAUGUAAUCCAAUAUAUAUCUUUUUUCCAUAUCCCGUUCUUGUUAACACUUUAUUUAGCCAAGCAUAUACUUCUGUAUAUUCUUCACCUUGUGAUACUACCCAUGAUUGAUUGACUUUUGUUUUGUUUUCUAUCUUGUAAUCAAAGUUUUGUUUUCUUUUUUUGUUGUUUUUAUUUUGUUCCUGUUGUUUGCUUUUCCGUUUUUUCCUAAAAUUAUUUUGCUGCUCUUCCUCGUUUCCAUAGUAAGAUGAUUUAUAGAGCCUCCUUCUUGAAUAACGCUGAGCAGGUAUUUAAUCUCAAUUUAAAAAAGUAAACAUAUAUUCACUGAAGAGACAUUGAAAUCGCAUUUUAUGUUAAUUUCGUAUUAUAAGUAUAGUUUUACCAACUCAAACACAAGUGUAUGUAUUAUGCUUUUUUACAAAUUGUAACUCUUAAGAACAUUUAUUUAGGUAUUUUUUUUAUUUUACCUAGAUUUAAGUGUUAUCCUAUAAUUUUAGAUUUGUAGCCCUUGCCGGCGAGCUAUUGUUAUAUUCAAGUAUUUUUUCUUUACUAUUUAAUGUAAAUGGAUACUGCACAUACUGUUGUCUGUGCAAAAUAUCUUAUAUUUUUAUAUUCAAUAUAAACGUAAGU